AUGCCGACCUUCCUCGCCAGCAACCCGCAUGGGCGAUUCAUGCCAUCUCGCGCAGGGAUCUUUCGGCUGAGAGCCUCCGUGCACAGGCUGCGAAAGAUCCCCGAGGACAGUAUUCGCUGUCGUAAACCCGACAACAUAAUUGUUUGUGAAGGAGUUAUCUCCUGGUCAUGUCAAGGAGCACAUGAAUGA